AUGUUUAUCCCAAGCGUCCAUGCCGAGACGGACACUGCUGUGCUUCUUCAAUUCAUUCGAGAGAACCCCCUGGGUAUGCUGAUUACCGGCAUCGAUUCUUCUCAAGAAUUCUUGCAGUGCACCCAUGUACCCGUUGUGCUCGACGCCCCGGAAGAUUGCGACGAUUCCGCUCCCCAGGGACGUCUCCGAGCUCACAUUGCCAAACAAAACCCUCAAGUUAAGGGCAUGAUCGAAUCCCUGGAGAACAAGGAUGAUGUGAUCACACUGGAGCAGGAUGUUCUUGUAGUGUUCAACGGCAAACACGACCACUACGUCACACCAAAAUACUAUGUUGAGACAAAGCCCGACUCAGGCAAAGUCGUUCCCACUUGGAACUAUUCUGCUGUCCAAGUCUAUGGCAAACUUUCCCUCUAUUAUGACUCAAAAAGCCCAGAGGCCGGGAAAUUUCUUGCGCAGCAACUGCAUGAUCUGUCACAGCAUACCGAAACAUCGAUCAUGGGCUAUACCGGCGGAGAGAGGCCCCAACCAUGGAAAGUGACCGAUGCACCUGAAAAGUACAUUGAGUUGUUGCAGAGGAAUAUUGUCGGGGUGCAGAUCAGAAUUGAUAAACUACAAGGCAAAUUCAAAAUGAGCCAAGAGAUGAGGCCUGGUGACAGGGAUGGGGUGGUGAAGGGAUUCUCAAAGCUGGGGGGUGAAACUGGAGAGGCAAUUUCAUCGAUGGUCGAGGAACGUGGCAUUCUUCACGACGAGAAAAAGAAGCAAAAGUCUUGA